AUGCUCCUCAACGGGCUAGCUAUCGCUGGCCUCGCCGGCCUAGCUUCCAGUGCAGCAACAAACGAGCAAGCCGAAGUCUACAUCCUCAGCUCCAAACAACCCGCUCCAUCAUCCUCGACAUCAUCAUCACCCAGCCUGCCCCGGCAGCUGGCCCGAGAUAUCCUCUUCCAAAGGGUGACCGGUGAUCUGCAGCUCAAGGAUCUGUCCAGCACCAUCGUCGGCGACAGAGUUCUCUCAUAUUUCGACCAGUAUGGCGGGAGCCCAAGGCCUUUGUUUGGAGGGUCCUCAGAAGAUGUUUCCCCGUCGCAGCUGGUUGUGUUGCUGGAGGGUGUCACAGAGGACAACGCAAAGACACUGAGGGAAGGGCUGCGGAAGGAGGACUUCGCGCCUGCGUUCAAAAUUGACGAUGCGCCGUCUACCAAGGCCAACAAGCACCUUGUCGAUGUCGAAUUCGCCGCAAGUGGCGUCUCUGGAUCCUGUGACGUUGCAGCUGCCCUCAAUCCCUAUGACAGCUGCUGGAAGGGCAUGUCUCUGGUCGUCAAGUACGAUGCUGGAAAGGACUCCGGAGCUCUUCAGGAUCUCGUCGACAGUCUGCCCACCCUCUCCAAGUCCGUCGCCUCCAACACCCUCGAAGCAACUCUAGUCCUCCUCCCUGAGUCGUCUCGCUCCUCCAAGCACUCGUACUGGACCACAGACGCCCCCACCGACCUUCGCCGCCGCUUCUCGGACGAGUCCCCCAUCAGCGAUGCCAAGGUUGAGAAGGUCACUGUCUCCCCGGGCAGUGGCGCCGUCGACCUGGGCAUCACCCCUGGCGCCGCUGCCAAGAAGGGUGACAAGAUGAACCUGGGCUGCUUCACCAGCCUCAACUCGUGCACCACCGCGACCAACAACUGCACGGGCCACGGCACCUGCGUGGACAAGUUCGCCGUGCCGGGCCAGGAGACGCGUGAGGGUGACAAGCAGUGCUUCGUGUGCAGCUGCCUCAGCACCAAGAAGUUCCCCGACAAGGAAAACAGCAAGCAUGUGCACUGGGGCGGGGCCUACUGCCAGAAGAUCGAUGUCAGCUCGCCGUUCUGGCUGAUCGCCACCACCACCAUUGUGCUUGUGGGUCUGGUGACCGGGUGCAUCGCCAUGCUUUUCAGCAUCGGUGAGGAGAAGCUGCCUGGUGUGAUUGGUGCUGGUGUUUCGAGGUCCAAGUAA